GCUUCCUUCCUUCGACAUAGAAGACGACGGGAGUUCGUUUUUCAUUCGUUCGAUUUAGCCCGCUUCCUUCGUUGCGAUUCCUUCCCGCCCUUCGACGAAUUUCUUCGCCUUCGAAGAGGACGGGAGCUCGGUCGCUGUUUGUUUGUGUGGAACUGAUGAAGCUCCAAACUUAUGCUGCAUUUAGCUUCUUGGCAACAACAGCUGCAGUUUACCAUGCAUUCAGCAGUAGAGGGCAGUUUUAUCCUGCGAUGGUUUACUUAUCUACAUCCAAGAUAUGUUUUGUACUUCUUUUGAACAUGGGUUUAGUCAUGAUGUGCAUUACAUGGCAGUUAGUCAAGCGCUUUUUUCUUGGUUCUCUUAGAGAGGCAGAAGUUGAAAGAUUGAAUGAGCAAUCUUGGAGGGAGGUCAUGGAAAUUCUUUUUGCUAUCACGAUAUUCAGACAAGAUUUUUCAGUCAUGUUUCUUGCUAUGGUUACCGCUCUUCUGUUGAUCAAAGCAUUGCAUUGGUUGGCUCAAAAGAGGGUUGAGUACAUUGAGACAACUCCAGCCGUACCUAAAUUAUCUCACAUUCGGAUUGUUUCUUUCAUGGGAUUUCUUCUUCUUGUUGAUUGUCUCUUCUUGUUUAUUUCUUUAAAGUCAUUGAUACAGACCUGGGAAGCAUCAGUUUUCCUCUUCUUUGCUUUUGAAUACACUAUACUGGCUACAACAACAAUUUCGACUUUUGUAAAGUAUGUUUUCUAUGUUAGCGACAUGCUUAUGGAAGGGCAGUGGGAAAAUAAGGCAGUCUAUACAUUUUACUUGGAGCUUGUUCGUGAUCUUCUUCACUUGUCGAUCUAUAUAGUAUUCUUUCUUGUGAUCUUUGCGAGCUAUGGUGUGCCUCUGCACUUGAUCCGUGAGCUUUACGAAACAUUCCGCAGCUUUAGAAUGCGUGUUGCGGAUUAUAUUCGUUAUCGCAAAAUCACUUCGAAUAUGAAUGAAAGGUUUCCUGAUGCAACAGCUGAGGAACUUAAUGCAAGUGAUGCAACAUGUAUCAUAUGCCGCGAAGAGAUGGUUACAGCAAAGAAGUUGCGCUGUGGUCAUCUUUUUCACGUGCAUUGUCUUAGAUCAUGGUUGGAAAGACAGCAUACUUGCCCCACCUGUAGAGCCUUAGUUGCUCCUCCUGAAAAUGGUUCAGCAGCUGUUGUGAAUCAACAAGCAGUUCCUUCUGAUCUUCAGCCUGGACCAGCAGUGGCUGGGACUACACAGGCUUCCGAAGCUGGUGCAGCAAACCAAAAUCAGUCUCUACUUCAAGCUGCAGCCAUGGCUGCUAAAGUGUAUGAAAAAUCUUUUGUCCAUCUUCCAACAAACCAGUACAUUUGCCCGCCAGGUUAUACCGUACUUCCCCAGAUUCCCAAAGCAGAGGCUUCAAAUGGGCAAUUGCUGAAGAAUCAACCUAUUUCCAAUCAACACAAUGCUGCGCUUUUUCAAGUUCCAGGAUCCAGCAUUGGCUUCAGGGAGACAACCCUUGGCAAUUCAAAUCUACAGGGUUCUCCUCUAAAAAUUGAGAAACUGAUUCAGAGUCAAAUUGAGCUUCUUCAAGCCCAGCUACAAGCUCUUGAACAACUGAUGGCCGAGCAGUCAAAAGCGAAGAGCGCUGCUGCAUCAAGCAGUAGUAGUGUGCCUGCAUCAUCUGACUGUGGUUGUCAUGGGGAGGCUGAAGAUGCUGACACAGAUUAAGCCUUAAUAUCCGAAAGAUCGAUAGAAAAAUAAACAUUAGUAAGUAAUAUGCAAACAUGGUAAGUUAAAAAGAGCUGUUUUAGAUCAGUCAUGCAGAUGUGAAAUAAGUUGGAAUUGUAGAUAUUGGAACCUCUUUCUUUGGGUUUCUAUGGAUUUUUAUGUUUGAUUAAGGAUAUUUUCACAGAUUAUAAUUUCUACUGAUUGCUUAUUUGUGUUUGAGAGAAGUGUGAGAGGACUGGAGACUGAUCAUAAUCUUUUCAAUGUUUAUAUUUGACAGAAUAAUUUUGAACUUUUGCAAGAA